AUAAAUAAAAAAAACUUAUACAUCAGUGAUUCUGCUCUUCCUUAUCUUAUCUGUUUCAAAGAAGGAAAAACGUUUUUCUUUUGAUAAAUACCAAAGCGUCAAAAAAUUAGUAUUUCAAAAGUUUACAAACCUUGAGCUCAUCAGGAAUAACCUGUGAUAAAAGAUUUACAGCUCAAUAACUGUGAUUAAAAAAACAACUUUAGACAUACUUAUUUUAUUACAUAAUUCUCUUAGUAAAAGUUCAUAAUUGAAUCCCAGGUUGAAUGAAGGAAAAUUAUUUUCUACUUUUUGACUCAAUCUGAAUCAUCAUAGAAAGACUAUCAAAGUGAAGUAUUGGAAAGAACAUGGCUUCAAAAGAAGGUGACCUUAUAACUUUCGUAAAAGAUUUCUUUGCUGGAGGCACAUCUGCUGUUAUUUCCAAAACAGUUGCAGCACCUAUCGAGCGAGUGAAAUUAAUUCUCCAAGUCCAGUAUGCAUCCCAACAAAUUACUUCAAGUAAUCGUUACAAAGGUAUGAUUGACGCUUUUGUUAGGAUACCUAGAGAACAAGGUUUUCUUAGUUUUUGGAGAGGAAAUUUAGUCAACUGUAUCAGGUUCUUUCCAACUCAAGCUCUCAACUUUGCCCUUAAAGAUAAAUAUAGGUAUAUUUUUCUUGAAGGUCUUAAUAAAAAUACGCAAUUUUGGCGAUAUUUUGCGGGUAAUCUUGCUGCUGGUGGUGCAGCUGGAGCUACAACUCUGUUUUUUGUUUAUCCGUUAGACUUUGCGAGAACGCGCUUGUCUGUUGACAUUGGCAAGGCUGUGGCUGAUCGUGAAUUUAAAGGUUUAAAUGAUUGCAUCAGAAAGAUCUUCAAAUCUGAUGGCAUAGUUGGACUUUACAGAGGUUUUAAUGUGUCCAUUCAAUUUGUUAUUAUUUACAGAGCUGCUUAUUUUGGAUUAUUUGAUACGGCCAAAGAGAUAUUGCCAAAAAAGGGAAAAUCAUCCAUUUUGAUUUCGUUUACCAUAGCUAUGAUUGUGUCCACUAUUGCUGGUAUAAUUUGUUACCCUUUUGAUACAGUAAGAAGACGUAUGAUGAUGCAAAGUGGUCGCAAUAAAGCUGAUUUUAUGUAUACCAGUACAAUGGACUGUUGGAAUAAGAUAGUUAGGCAAGAAGGCGUUGCUGGUCUUUUUAAAGGUGCUUACUCAAAUGUUGUUAGUGGGUUUGGUGCUGCUUUAGUACUUGUUUUGUAUGAUGAAAUAAGGAAAAAACAACCUAUGCAUUCAUAAUUUCUAAAAGAGUUUUAAUUUAGUUUAGACAACUUUCCUUUAUUUUAUAUGGUAAAAAAAAUUUUUUUUUAUAACUGUAUAACUUGAACCAAUUUUUAUAUCAAUUGAAA